CAAAAAUGGAAACCCACUAAUAAUUUCCAUUUUUAUACAAAUUUCUUUGCUUUAGUUUCAUUCUCUUCUUCCUCUUUUAGUUGUUUUGCUCUGUGAAACAUCAAGGCAUGGAGCAAAUUUAGGGUUUUCGGGGUUUCUCUUCUUUGUAUUUUUUAAAAUUCUUUUUAGUGAGAAAAUUCAGGAGAAGAGAGCACCAAAAUGGGGAGAGGUAGGGUUCAGUUGAGGCGGAUCGAGAACAAAAUUAGUAGACAGGUGACAUUCUCAAAGCGAAGAGCUGGUUUGCUCAAGAAAGCUCGUGAGAUCUCUGUGCUGUGUGAUGCUGAUGUUGCUUUGAUUGUCUUCUCCGCAAAAGGGAAACUCUUUGAGUUCCCAACUGAUUCCAGCAUGGAGAGAAUCCUGGAACGAUAUGAGACACAUACAUGUGCUCAGCAACAGCUUCUCCCUACUAACUCUGAAGCUCAGGGAAACUUGUGCCUGGAACACCCCAGGCUCAUGAACAGGAUUGAAGUCUUACAAAGAAACAUAAGUCGCUUCAUGGGAGAUGGCUUGGAGGCAAUGAGUCUCAGAGACCUGCAAAACCUGGAGCAGCAGAUCGACACUGGCCUGAAGCGCAUACGAUCCAGAAAGAAUCACUUAGUUCAAGAAUCCAUCUCGGUUUUGCAGAAGAAGGAAAGAGAUCUUCAGGACCAAAACAACAUGCUUACCAAGAAGCUCAGGCAAAAUGAAAAGGAACUCACAGAAUGUGUACAAAUGGAACAGCAAAACCAGCCAGUCCACAACUCAUCUUCCUUCAUACUUCCACCACCACCUCCUCUCAUGACACAUCCUUUAACUAUUGGGGGCAGUUUCCAGGCAGCACAAGCUGCGAUGAAUGAGGUGGUGGAUUACCUGCGACCUAAUAAUAAUGCUCUUAUACCACCAUGGAUGCUUCGACAUUUGAACGAAUAGAUAAUUAAAACAAGCAUCUGCAAAAUAUCAGCUCAGUUUAAGUAAUGAACUGAGUGUAACAUCCUUGUAUAAUCUCUAAUGAUAAACUCUCUGAAGCAACUUCAUAUGUUAAUGUAUUUUGAGACUCGGCUAUUUGCAGAAUGUAAGACUGCAUAUUGCUUAUCAAUAAGCCUGUGAAUGUGCACAUUAAGUAGAGCAGGCAACCAUGAACAGUGUAUCUGUUACUGUGGCACAAUUCCAACAAACUAGGAAAUGCAGCAAUAUCAGUAAAUUAAGUAUUAUUGAA